AUGAUCUUUACUCCAGAUAACUCUUCUCUUUGUUCAUUUACUUCUGAUUAUCUUUGCCAUUCGACUGUAGCAAUGAGUUGUUCUAGUAUGCGGGCCGGGUCGGUAAUAAUUAGAGACAAAACAGUAUAUUACAUAGCAGGAAGUGAUUUAGUAAAGAUAGGACUAGAUGGAACCAGUUCAACGUUAAUUUUAGGAGCAGUUGGGGCCGGUCCAAUUUCAUCUUUUGAUAUCCAUAGUAGAAAAGAUGGAUCAUUGGUAGUGGUGGCUGGAACACAACUAGGAUGUUUACUACUUCUGAGUGCCAGUGAAGGUGAGUUACAGAUCUGGCCAGACUUUAAUCGAUUGGGCACACCUAUUACGACAACGCGGAGUUUAGAUGAUCUAGUUGUACUCUUCACUAAGAGUCAUGGGUACUUAGUAGGCCCAGAAGGCCAAGUACAAUGGGAGACACCCGAUCCAGUAGUGGAUGCUCGUUUGUUUUACCAGGAUAAUAUACCCAUGUGUGUCUUUGGGACUUAUGGCGGAUAUGCUGGGUACUUACGACUGGAUAAGAAAGAAGUAGUUGGGGAUAAGGCAAUGGUUCUUUUAGGAUCACCACCCUCACCUGUAACUAGUUUAUCUUUACUAAGCCAAGCUAAUAGUAUCCACCAUUUCUGUGUUUCUCUUUUAAGUGGACAUAUAGCUACGGGUAUCUUUGAUGGAACUCAACUGGUCAGAACGGGAUUAAUUAGAGGACAUAAAACACCUUGUCGUUCAGUUAGUUAUUAUAAUGAAGAUCCAACCCGGAUUCUUACAGCUUCUGAUGAUGGAACUUGUGCCAUUUGGAGUUCAGCUAAUGGUCCCUGGACUAGUACUGGGAUUUAUGGAGCGUAUGGCGGUGCACCUUUAUCGGGCGCAUACGGAGUUGUAUCUUCUACUGGCAAUACUUCUGAUCGGAUUGAUCGGCCCUUAUUAUUAAGUGCUGGAGCUUUGUACUUUGGUGAUGGAGAAGGUUUUACAACCGGUCAUCGUUUACGCGUCCGUUCAGUUGAUUUGGAUAAAGGUCUACUUCUAACUUCCUCAGACGAUGCCACCGUUCGGGUUUGGGCCUUAAGAGACAAUCGACUAGUCGAAAUAUUCCGGCCUCUCACUACCGGCCACCCUCUUGUCUUUGCCGGGUUCCUAGAUACGAACCGUAUUCUAGUAGCAGCAGAUGAGAAUCUUCUACGCACGUACACCAGCACCCAACUCUACGAUACUAUUACCAAUGCAGCACCCAAUACAGCAUCCAACUCCACUAAACCUUUCACAGCCUAUGCCCAAGAACUCAGUCUUACGCCUACAGAAGAGAAAGAAGUCAAUCCUAUUCUCCAGCCCACCGAUCUAAUUGGUCUAGAGCCAUCCCUUACCCGGCACAUGUUCACUGAAACACAUCGGGCCUAUGGCUACCCCUUUGAAAUCGCCACUGCAGCUAUUGUCCGCCAUAAACUCAUCGCCGCCGCCAGUAAAGCUUCCCAACGCGAGUUCGCCACUCUUAUCAUCAGCACUUUAGAUUCCGAAAUCAUCCAAAAGAUACCCGUUCAUGAUCUUGGCAUUACUUUUAUUAUUGUCUCUAAGUGCCAGUCCUUCCUAGCCACAGCCGGUCGUGAUCGCCGUGUCGCUCUUUUCAAAAUCAUCCAAGACCCAACCCUUCUCACCGGCACAACCAACCGCUUUCAACCCGGGCAUUGGGGUGUCCAACUCAUCGGUACACUCGCCAUUCAUCGCCGGGAAAUUCUCGCCAUCUGUUUUGCCGAAGAUAGUCAAAAACUCUUCACCACUUCCAAAGACGGCACCCUCUGUGAGUACAGUACAACCAACAGUCUUACUCUCCUCAAGCAAGAACCCAUCCCAGAACUAACUACUGCCCUGACCCAUUACCAAGGCCAACUCAUCCGAGGCACACAUUCCGGCCACCUUCUUACUCCCCACCACCAAUUCCGCCUCUUCAACUCACCCACCACCCAACUCACCAUCGGUACACUCGCCCACCAUCCAGUUCUCAUCAGCACUUCCCUAGAAGGCACCAUUCGCAUAGACCCACUCACUACCCUCAACCCAACCACACCAACUACCAUACCCCCAAACUAA